UAAUCUCCCCACCGCUUCGUCAAAAGGCUCAUCAACUCGAUCCACACGUCGCUUCUUUAUUUCCUCUCCACACUCGUAUAUACAUACGCUCUCCAACGCAAAACACACACAAGAAAUCCAAAAAGUCGCCAAGAGACCCAUCAAUCAUUAGUGGCUUCACACACCAAAAACCCAAACGCCUUCCGUUAGCGAGCAUGUUUCAUCAACUUCGUCCAUCGCCGCCUUCGAAGUUCCACCGCAGGAGCGACGAGGAGUUCUCGCAGGUGUUCAAGCCGGGGCCGUCCUCCCGCGGACGCAGCAGCAAGUGCCCCGUGUACCUCCUCACGGCGUUCGUCGUCCUCUGCGUGGUCGCCCUGAUCUUUUCCCUGAUCGUGCUGCGCCCCGCCCACCCCGAGCUCGCUCUGCUCGACGUGUCGGUCGAGUCCCUCAACUACACGAGCGAUUACCCCGCGACACGGCUGGACGCGACGCUCGCCGUGCAAGCGACGCUCAAGAACACCAACUUCGGCCGGUUCGAGUUCGAGAACAGCAAUUUGACCAUGAGCUACAACGGGACGGUCAUCGGGGAGAAGGCGCUCGGCAACGGGACGGUCUGGUCGAGGGAGACAAAGCACGUGGACGUCGUGGUCGCGGUCAGGUCGAGCAGGAUAAGCGAUCUGAAGAAUUUGAGCAGUGACAUGAGCGACAACGUGUUGGAGCUGACGAGCUACGCAGAGCUGAGGGGUACGGUUCAUCUGAUCAAGAUUGUGAAGAGGAGGUUGACGUCGGUGAUGAAUUGCACCAUGAGCCUUGAUUUGUCAAACCGCAGAGUCCAGCAUUUGAUAUGCUAAUAGAGGCAUGAUUGUUCUUCUUAGAUUUUUGGUUUGCCCUUCUUUUGAUGAACAUACCUCUCCGAAUCAAUUCCUGAUCAUAUAUGUGCCCAGGAAAAGGGCAAGAAAUAUCUGCACAAAUUUUACUGUUUUUGAUUCCUGUAA